GAAAUCUGUGACGGACGGAAGUGACGUAGAUGCAAGCCUGAGGGACAUUUUUUUAUUAAAGUGUUCCGGUCUCGAGGAGUGCCAGUCGACCGACCAGUGGCUUCUCCAUUCUGGGGGCGAUCAUGAAGCCUGCUGAGACAUUGUCCGUGUUUGAGGCUGCUCAGAACACGCCUUUAAUGGAUGGACUUCGACUUGUCACUGAGUCAGCAGAAGAUGUCACCUCUAUUGCAGCUCCAGUAACUAAAAGUCCGGAUCAAUCUAGCAUGGUCUUGGAAGUGUCAGACUGGAUGUAUUGCUCUGCCUGUUCAAAGAGUUUUGACAGUCGAGAAGAACAGACUGAGCAUUAUCGCCUAGAUUGGCACCGUUUCAACUUAAAGCAGCGACUCCUGGGCCGACAGAUGCUCACAGUUGAAGAAUUUGAAGUGAAGACCCAGGCAGGUGAUGUUUCCAGCAUCUCUGGCUCGGAUUCCAGUGACUGUGACUCAGACAGUGAAUCUGAACCUGCAUCUUACCAGAACAAUGAAGACAAAGGGAACAGAAAUCAGAAUUCCUCAACACAUCUUUCACGGUCUCAGCGAAUUCUCUUCAGAAAUUCCCAAUGCCAGCUUAUAGCAGUCUAUCGCUGUGUGCUGUGCACUACAAAGGGCAUUGUGGAGCAUCCUGCAGAGUUAGUGGCAUCCCUUCAGAGACAAAACCCCAAGAUCACCUGGGUUAUUCUGAUGGCUGGUGGGGGACACUUUGCUGGAGCAGUAUUUAAAGGGAAUGAAGUACUGGAACACAAGACUUUCCAUCGGUACACAGUGCGAGCCCGCAGGGGUACAGCCCAAGGAGUAAGGGAUGCUCAAGGCUCGAUGCCUAAAUCAGCUGGGGCUUCAUUGCGGCGCUAUAAUGAGGCUGCUCUGCUCAAGGAUAUUCAGGAGUUGUUGGUCAACUGGGCAAGGCAUUUACAAGAAGCAGAGUGUAUCUUCCUGCGUGCCCCUCGCACCAACAGGGCUCAUUUCUUUGGCAGCAAAAAUGGCCCUCUUCAACGAAAUGAUCCCCGGAUUCGGGGCAUUCCUUUUAGCACUCGGAGAGCAACCUUCGAUGAGGUGCAGAGAGUGCAUGGGGUCCUGAGCAGCCUGCAAGUAUAUGGAAAAGACACAGCAGUGACAGAUCUCAUUGGUUCUCCUCGAAAGAGUUGGAAAAAAGUUGUUCAUCAGGAUGAAGCCUUUUCACAAGGUCAAGAUACUGUCUUGCCAGUAAAGACAGAGGAAGAAGCGGAAGAAAAUGAAGAGAAAAGUCUGAAUCAGCUAGAAAUGGUGGAGACGACACUGUCUACACUGGAACUGCGUGAAUUUGAGGUGGCACCAAAACGGAACCACAAGAAGAAAAAGAAGAAACCAAAAACUUUCAGAGAACCUUUCAGUGAAACUUCAGUAGGGGCUGAAACAUCUGAGGCUUUAUUGUCUAAAAGUGAGAAAUCAUCUGAGUCCCAAAAAGAACUGGAAGAUCAAGAUGCUCCCAGUGUAUCCCUGCUGGAUGCCUUGUUCACCGCCUGUAAGGCAGGAGACCUAGGAGCACUGCAACAUCUUCUGGGAAUAACUGACAGCACAAAAGAGGAACGAGAUGGAUGUAAUGGUUUAGCCCCACAACAGUUGCUCAACACACCCCUAGAUGAGAGUGGCUGGACCCUUUUGCAUGUGGCUGCGGCAGCAGGAAGGAGUACGGUUGUGCGGCUGCUGUUGGAGAUUGGAGCUGACCCUGCCCUUAGGGACAAGCAAGAGCAACCUCCAUACUGUGUAUCUGCAGAUAAGCAAACUCGUGCUGAAUUCCGCAGGUUCAUGGGUGAACAUCCUGAGAAAUACGACUACCUCAGGGCUCAGGUACCUGGACCCUUAACAGCUGAAAUGGAAGCCAGACAGGCCGAGCGCCGACGCACCCAAAAGGCACAGCGGAAGCAGCGUGACAAGGAGGAACGUGAGGCACUACAGGCACAGAAGCAAGAAGAGGAUGAGAAAAGGCGUUUUGCCCUCCUGAGUGACCGUGAAAAGCGAGCCCUGGCGGCUGAGAGGAGACUUGCUUCUCAGUUAAAAGACUCCAGUGUAUCUUUGACCAAUACCCGGCGCUGCUGGCUUUGUGGGGAGUCGCUCCUGGGACUUACUCCUUUUCAUUAUCUUGACUUUUCCUUCUGUUCUACAAAAUGUCUCCAAGCUCAUCGUCAAGGGAAAGCUGCACCAUCCUAGCUAUGGAUUAUUUUGCACUGGUCCCACACUCCCCUAUGGUCUCACGGUUACAUGUUGACGUUGGCUCCCAACUCUAGCAUCUUCUCUAGGCCAUGGGCCACCUCUGCAGCACUUUUUGUAGAAUGUAGUUCACCCCAAUAAUCCAGCCAGCCUGUGUAGUACUCUGAAUUCACCUGGGAGGAAAGGAGAAUUUGGACAUUAAUGGGGAAGUAGCAGAAGUAGCUUCCAAUGAAGCAUCUGGAGGCCGGAUGUACCAAUUUUACUCUCUUCCCUGUAUUGGAAGCUCCUUGAACAUGAUUAAUAUCUUGCACCUGCAAUGGCCAGAGCAGUCUGUAUUGUGAAAACUGUUUUUAUGUAUGUAAAAUAUGUAUCUGCUGGCUAUUUUGUCUGAUAAGGACCUCGGAAGCAGCUGCCAAAAGGCAGGAUUGCCCUAGAUCAUUGUUUCUUAAAUUGUAAGUCCAGACCCUAAAUGAGUCCCCUUUGCACAAGUUUGGGGUCCUGAAACAUUUUGUAGCAGUAAAAAAUGUCUAAGCUUUUGGCUUUGUAAAGUGAUUCAUAUGAAUCUGUUGUGCAGUGUUUGGCAUGGACUCUGCAGAAGAUGCUUCAGCUGUACUUUAUAAAAAGAACUUGUUUAGCAA